AUGACUUACAACAGAAUUAAUAAUCUUCUUUUAGAAUUUCAUAGAGAUUUUGACAAAAUUGAACGUUACGAGAAGGAACGUAAAUUGGAUAGAAUAGCUGGGAGUCCAACUUCAAGGAGUAAACGUUCCCGUAGUAGAUCUAGGACAGAAGAACAAUAUCGAAGUAGAUUGACUGAAAUGAAAGUAAAAUCUUUGUGUUACAAAAUUGAAGCUAUAAUGUCUUUUGGAAUGUUUAAAAUGAUGGUUGGAUUAAUUACAAGUAAAGAAAUUGUUUUACCUGAAGAAGAAAUGUUGCGGUAUAAUAGACGUUUUAUGUUAUUCUCUUCUUUGAAUGAUAUGAUUUAUUAUGAUUAUGAACGUUAUUUGGAAUAUUCUAAGUUUGUUUUUAAGUGUUAA